UCGUCUCCCACCAAGGGGCAUCCAGAGGUCAGGAUGGCCACCUCCACAGGCCUGCUGCUGCUGCUGCUACUCCUGGGCCAGCCCUGGGUCGGGACCAGCGUGGACACGGAGGCUGUGGUCUGUGGCGGCACUGCCUGCUACACGGCCCACUGGGGCAAGCUGAGCGCUGCUGAGGCCCAGGACCACUGCCAGUCCAACGGGGGCAACCUGGCCACCGUGAAGAGCGAAGAGGAAGCCCAGCACGUCCAGCAAGCCCUGGCCCAACUCCUGACGCCAGAGAAGGCCCUGGCAGCGAGGUUCGGCAAGUUCUGGAUCGGCCUCCAGCGAGAGAAAGGCAAGUGCCUGGACCCCAGCCUGCCGCUGAAGGGCUUCGCCUGGGUGGGUGGCGGGGAGGACACGGCCUACACCAACUGGCACAAGGAGGUCCGCAGCUCUUGCAUCUCGAGGCGUUGUGUGGCACUGCUGCUGGACCUGUCCCAGCCACCCCUGCCUGGCCGCUUCCCCAAGUGGUCCGAGGGCCCCUGUGGGAACCCCAGCACCCCAGGAAGCAGCAUUGAGGGCUUCGUGUGCAAGUUUAGCUUCAAGGGCAUGUGCCGGCCCCUGGCGCUGGGCGGACCGGGCCAGGUGACCUACAACACUCCCUUCAAGGCCAUAAGCUCCUCCCUGGAGGCCGUGCCCUUUGCUUCCAUGGCCUAUGUGUCCUGUGGGGACAGGGCCACGGACAAGAGCCACAACAUCCUGUGCAGGGAGAAGGGCCCUGGUGUGUUCGAGUGGGGCACCCCGGGCCCCUUCUGUGUGAACCCUGAACUCGGUUGCAGCUUCAACAACGGUGGCUGUGAGCAGGACUGCUUCGAGGGGGGCGAUGGCUCCUUCCGCUGUGGCUGCCGCCCGGGCUUCCGGCUGCUGGACGACCUGGUGAGCUGUGCCUCCCGGAACCCCUGCAGCUCCAGCCCGUGCAGCGGGGAGGCCACGUGUGUCCCCGGGCCCCACAGGGAGGACUUCAUGUGCCGCUGUCCCAGCGGCUACCAGCUGGAUGCAAGCCAGCUGAGCUGUGAGGACGUGGAUGAGUGUCAGGCCUCACCCUGUGCACAGCAGUGCGUCAACACCCCCGGGGGCUUCCGCUGUGAGUGCUGGGUGGGCUACGAGCCGGGUGGCCCCGGGGAGGCAGCCUGUCGUGACGUUGAUGAGUGUGCCCCUAGCCGCACACCCUGCGCCCAGAACUGCACCAACACCGACGGCUCGUUCCACUGCUCCUGCCGUGAGGGCUAUGUCCUGGCCGGCGAAGAUGGCACCCAGUGCCAGGAUGUGAAUGAGUGUGAGGGCCUGGGCAGCAGCCGCUGUGAUAGCCUGUGCCUCAACACUCAGGGUUCCUUCCUUUGUGGCUGCCUGCCGGGCUGGGAGCUGGCUGCUGAUGGGGUCUCCUGCACCAUGGGUCCUGUGCCCCCCAGAUCCCCUACUGGGCUCCCCCAGGAGGAGGACCAGGAAGAGAGAGAGGGGAGCACCAUUCCCCCUGCUGCAGCGUCCAGUCCUACCGGGGGCUCUGAGGGCACCUCCCAGGUGGCACCCACUUCUGGGAGACCUUCGCUCUUGUUCCGGGUCCCCAUCACUUCUGCCCCACCUGAGAUGCUGACCCACAGUGGGCCCCCGGGCAUCCGGACAGAGUCCCGCACCCAUCACCCCAUGGCUGCCACUGGCCACUGGGACUCUGCCGCGGGGGGCUCUGUGGACACAAAGAGGGAUGAUGGCACCGACGGGCAGAAGUUGCUCCUGUUCUACAUCCUGGGCACCGUGGUGGCCAUCCUGCUCCUGCUGGCCCUGGCUCUUGGGCUGCUGGUCUACCGCAAGCGCCGAGCAAAGCAGGAGGGGAAGAAGGAGAGACCACCGCAGAGUGCAGCUGACACCUACUCUUGGGUCCCUGAGCGGGCAGAGAGCCGGGCCUCAGAGAAUCCCUACAGUCCGACACCUGGGACAGACUGCUGA